AUGCCAUCACCCAUCCCAAUUUCCCAGUUUUUGCCGAGGAGUUUAACACCGACCAAAUCCCUGAGGCCUUGUAGUAGCCCCAACCAGUUUCAGGGCUGCCGUUUCUCUUGUGCAAAGCCAUCUCGGGCGUUACAACGGCGCUCUUGGUGUACGGUAAUUUGGGCUGAACUGAAGUUACUUGAUCUUUUGGGUUCUGGUGGUUUCGGUUGGGUUUAUAAAGGAACUUAUUAUGGUCAAAUUGUUGCAAUAAAAAAAGUGAGAAAAUGCGUAAAGAACAAACUGGCUGCUCGGCAGAGUUUUUGGGCAGAAUUGAACGUCGCUCACCUGCUGCAUGAGAACAUUGUGAGGGUUGUAGCAGCUACAACGUCUGUUCCCGCAAAUCCAGAGGACGAGGACAGUGUGGGCACCAUCAUCAUGGAGUACGCAGGAGGAACAAGCCUAGAUCACAGAAUUUACAACUGUACGGAACCCCUGGAAAUGAAGGGAUGUUUAACAUUUUCUCAUGAUAUUGUCAGUGGACUGAGUUUCAUACACAGUCACCACAUAGUACACUUGGAUCUGAAACCAGCUAACGUCUUCAUUACCGAGGCCGGGCGGUGUAAAAUCGGAGAUUUUGGGUGUUCUCUCAAAUUACCAAUCGACCGUGACUUGACUCCUAAUGGCCAAUUGCGGCACCUUGCUGGUACCUACACUCACCGGGCACCUGAGCUUCUGAAAGGUGGUCGUGCUACUUUAAAGGCGGAUAUUUAUUCUUUUGCGAUCACUCUCUGGCAGAUGAUGAGUAGGGAUCAGCCCUAUUCCGGCGAUCGUCAGUGCGUGAUGUAUGCUGUAGUGGCUUAUAACCGACGUCCAACUUUCUCCACAAUUUUCGAUGAAUCCUCGUUGGGCCGCGCGAUUCGAUCAAUCAUCAGUAAAUGCUGGGAAUGUGAACCAAACCGUAGACCGAGUGCAGUAGAAUUACUAGAAAAUAUUAACUGCUUAGAAGCACAGCUAUAGCAUUAUCUUGACAAACUUGUGUACUUUAAACUUCAAUAUAUCUUUUAAUGUCGUCCCUUUAUAAAAAAAAAGCAGCAUUGUCUAAAUUUUUUAAAUCUUGUGGAAAAAAAACAUUCCUGUCUUUAACGCCCCAUAUACUGUGCUUUGCGUUCGCCGGGUUAUAACAAUUGGACUGGGAAGUA